ACCUCACUUUUGCUAGAAGGUUCCUAGAUCCUAGUGCAACAACAAAUCAAAACAAGUGCGGAAUGAUGUUGGUGAAAAUUUCAUAUUUAGCUGUUAAAAGUGUUUAACAAAUUUCGGAAUGUCUUCUUAUAGCUUCUUUAAAUACUUUAGAAGUGUUUUUAGUCGAAAUCAAAAGUUCCUAGUAAGACGGUUUUCGUCUUAUGAGGGGGUUCCCGAGAAAUUGAGAGAUAUCCCUAUUGAAAGGAUCCGGAACUUUUGCAUAAUAGCUCAUGUGGACCAUGGAAAAAGUACUCUAGCUGAUAGAUUGCUGGAGAAAGCAGGACUGAAGAUUGAUAGACCUCAAAUUCUGGAUAGUUUGCAGGUGGAAAAGGAGAGGGGUAUCACAGUAAAAGCUCAGACAGUUUCACUCUUCUACAUUCACGAAAAUAAGGAGUAUCUCUUGAAUUUAAUAGACACUCCCGGUCAUGUUGAUUUUUCCAAUGAGGUUCACAGGUCCCUAGCUCCCUGUGAUGGUGCUAUCCUACUCGUGGAUGCAAAUCACGGAAUUCAGGCUCAAACUGUAUCAAACUACUUCAUGGCAGUCUCCAGAAAUCUCAAAAUCCUUCCCAUUCUUAAUAAAAUUGACCUGAAAAAUGCCAAUCCGGAGAGAGUAUGUCAAGAUCUCAUGUCGAUGUUUGAUAUCGAUCCUGAAGGAGUCCUUAAGAUUUCAGCUAAACUGGGAGUUGGCAUUGAGAAUGUAAUUCCGAACAUCAUAGAACGAUUGCCUAGUCCAAAAACCGAUCCUGAAGCUCCCUUUCGGGCAUUGCUCUUUGAUAGUGCGUACGAUAGGUAUCGCGGUGCUUUGAGUUUAAUAAAUGUUCGCGAAGGAGAAGUGUCAGUGGGACAGGAAAUCACUUCCGUAGCCACAGGAAAAAGCUAUGAAGUUAAGAGCCUAUCCCUUUUAACUCCCGCAGAAGUUCCAAUUGACCGAUUGAGUUCCGGUCAGGUGGGACUCCUAGGGUGCAACAUGAGAAGUGGUAAGGAAGCAGUAAUUGGAGACACUAUUCAUCUGAAAGGAGUGUCCGUUGCCCAGUUACCUGGAUUCCGACCUCAGCAAGCCAUGGUCUUUGCAGGAGUCUAUCCACCUGAUCAGUCCAAAUACAUUUCCCUCAGAGCAGCCAUUGAGAAGCUGACACUCAAUGAUUCUGCCGUGACAGUGACACCAGACUCCAAUUCGGCCCUUGGCCAAGGUUGGAGACUCGGCUUCCUGGGAUUACUCCACAUGGAAGUCUUUUGUCAACGUCUGGAGCAAGAAUACGACACAGAACCUAUAAUCACAGCGCCCUCUGUCACCUAUAAAGUCAAAAUUCACGGAGCCAAAGCCAUCAAAGCUCAUGGAGGUGAAGAAAUCACCGUAAGCAAUCCAGCACUUCUUCCGGAUACCCAAAACAUCACGGAAUUCCACGAACCCCAGAUACUCGCAACAAUAAUCACCCCAACGGAUUUCUUAGGACCAGUUAUUGGACUCUGUGUUGAACGCCGAGGUGUCCAGAAGACUUCAACUCAUAUCGACAGUGAUCGUGUUAUGAUGACCUACAUCUUCCCACUGGCAGAGAUUGUCCUCGACUUCUACGAUCGCCUGAAAUCCCUAACGUCCGGUUAUGCAAGUUUCGACUACGAAGAUCACGGAUAUCAAGUUACAAAUGCCGUUAAACUCAAGAUCCUCCUAAAUGGCCAAGAAGUCGAAGAAUUGAGCUCAAUUGUUCACGCCAGCAAAGCUCAAGUCUUCGCCCGGCAACUUGUAGCCAAACUCAAAGAUAUAAUACCCCGGCAAAUGGUUCAAAUUUCCAUCCAAGCAGCCGUUGGGGGCAAAAUCCUCGCCAGAGAAACCAUAAAGCCUUACCGUAAGGAUGUCACAGCCAAACUGUACGGUGGCGAUGUGACGCGUCGCAUGAAGCUACUUCGUCAGCAGGCUGAGGGCAAAAAGAAGAUGCGCUCCAUUGCAAACAUCUCCAUUCCAAGGGACACUUUUAUCAGUAUCCUCAAGCGAUAA